ACUCCACUUUUAGCUGCAGACAAAGCAACCGAAUAGAAAAUACGAGAAAACACAGCGCAGUCAAAGCCUCCAUACUUAAUUCUUGGCGGUUCAGUUUCUCCGGAAAUGGAAAACCAAAUCGCAAACGGUGCUGUUAAAGCUGUAAGAGCCUCCGCUCUCAAUUGUAUCGAUCUCUCAAGCUCCGAUAUACACCAAUCUGUCUCCUUACUGAAACAGGCCAGUUUGGAUUGCGGUUUUUUCUACGUGGUAAAUCAUGGGGUAAGCGAGAAGUUCAUGGACGAGGUGUUUGCACAGAGCAGGAGGCUUUUCAGCUUACCAUUGAGUGAAAAAAUGAAGCUUUUGAGGAACAAGAAUUACAGGGGAUAUACCCCUUCUCUUGAUGAGCAUCUGGACCAUGAAAACCAAGUACACGGAGAUUACAAGGAGGGGUAUUAUAUAGGAGUUGAGCUGCCUGAAGAUGACCCAGAACCGGAAAAUAAGCCAUUUUAUGGGCCUAAUGUUUGGCCUGCUCCAGAUUUGUUGCCGGGGUGGAGAGACUCCAUGGAGGAAUAUCAUAGACAAUGCUUAGAGGUGGCUAAAGCAGUUGCUAGGCUUGUAGCCCUUGCUCUUGAUCUAGACAUCCAUUUCUUUGAUAAACCAGAAAUGAUUGGCGAGGCUAUUGCGACAUUGCGGUUACUACACUAUGAUGGUCAAAUUUCUGAUCCAUCAAAUGGAAUUUUUGGAGCUGGUGCUCAUUCUGACUUUGGUUUUAUAACCCUUUUAGCAACAGAUGAUGUCGUAGGUCUCCAAAUAUGCAAGGAUAAGGAUGCUAAACCUCAAAUAUGGGAAUAUGUACCACCAAUUAAAGGAGCAUUUAUAGUGAAUCUUGGCGACAUGCUGGAACGCUGGAGCAACGGCAUUUUCAAGUCCACGCUGCAUAGAGUUGUAGGGAAUGGUCAAGACAGAUACUCCAUGGCAUACUUUAUAGAACCUAGUCACGAUUGUCUUGUUGAGUGCUUGCCUACCUGCAAAUCUGAAAAAAACCCUCCCAAGAAAUGCAUCACCUAUAAAGCAUGUGGCCAGUAGAGUAGUAAGCACUUGAAAUGAUGUUCUUUCGGUUCAUGCUUUUCUGCAUUUGCCUACUAUGCCAGGUUUCCUCCAAUCUUGUGUCGGACUUACCUGAGGCAGCGAUAUUACGAUACUCACGCUGAUCUGAAUGUCUAUGAUGAACAUACAAAAUAAGUUUGCCACCGCUCCUGCAAUUGAAGAUGAAUCCCCUUCUAAGAUAGCAUAAGAUUCAUAUGGUUCUACCAUUGUUGUAUUUGAUAAUGUGUUCCAUCAGUGUUCAAGUUGUAUUCUCAUGUAAAUCCAUAGAAUGUGUCCAAUGAAAAACAUAUCCCUGCCUCUAAAUUAAUGUACUGCAUCUGCAUAGUUGACUUCAUGGUCAAAGAAAAGGCUGUAGGAAGUCAAUCAAGGAUCAAUAAAUUUUAUUUAUUUAUUUAUAUAAA